GCCGACCCGUCUUCGCAUCCUCGCAUCCUCACAUCACUUCGUCUUUUCAUCAAUUGAUGUCCCAAGAGGUCACCAGGCCUGUUGCACGUAUCUUCGCGACUGCAGCUACCUCUUUAUCCCUCAAUCUUGGUCUGCCGCACACACCGGUCCCAUUCCUGCUGCUGGCCCCAUCCACACAGUCCUGAUCCUGCUCGCAGGCUGCUACCCCGCGAGGCAACGGAGCCCACGACGUCACGACAGCCAUCCGUUCGUAACACCACCCGCGCGCCCCUCAACUUUCCCCAAGGUCCCAGCACGCACUGCCGCAGGCAAAAUGUCCGACAAGGCGGAGGAGCCCACUUCCGCUGAGGCUCAGAUCACUUUCAAGGUGAAGGCCUCGGGCGACAAGAACCAUCAGAUCACCAUGGCCGAGGCAGCCACUGUUGGCGAGCUCAAGACCAAGCUUGCCACUGAGCAGUAUGAGAACAUCCCCGUCGAGCGACAGCGCCUGAUCUACUCGGGACGCGUCAUGAAGAACGAGGAUACCUUGGCCUCAUACAAGGUCAAGCCAGGCAAUACCAUACACCUCGUCAAGAGCGCCGCCAGCAAUCCUGCCCCUGCCCCGAGCGCAUCCUCGUCCUCACCCGUUCCUCAGGCCGUGCCAAGCAACAUGGCAGCUGGCACCUCUGCCAACAACCUCCUGGCCGGCCUGACCGGAGCUCGCUUUGCCGGCCAUGCCAACCUGCCCAGCGCCAACAUGUUUGGUGCUGAUGGAGGUAUGGGCGCACCCCCGAGUGAGGACCAGAUGGCAGACAUGCUCUCCAACCCCAACGUCGCCCAAGCCAUGAACGAGGCCCUGAACAACCCUCAGUUGGUCGACGUCAUGAUACAGUCGAACCCCAUGCUGCGAGACAACCCAAACGCCCGCGAGAUCAUCCAGUCGCCCUUCUUCCGCAACAUGCUCACCAACCCCGAUAUGCUACGGACAGUCGCCCAGAUGCGGCGGUCCAUGGGCGGUGGCGCUGGCGGUGAAGCCUUCCCAGCCCCUGGCGCCACAGACACGACCCCGGCCGAUUCCGCCGGUGCCGGCGCCGGCACCGGUUCAGGUGGAGCAAACAACGCACAAGCCUCGCAGUUUCCCUUCAUGAUGCCGGGAUUAUUUGGCGGGCCCGGUGCGGGUACGGCCGGAGGUUUUGGUGGUGCGGGGAGCCAAGGCGCCAACCCGUUCGCUGCGCUUUUCAACCCCUUCGGCGCGGCGGCUCCGGCGGCUCCCCAGACCGGCGCCGGGGCUGCUGGUGCUCCUGGUACUACCAAUACCACGCAGACGUCCUCCGGCGACAACUCUGCUCAGCGGGGUGCCUCUGGUGGAGACACUGGCUCGGCACAGCCUAGGGAACCCGGCAACAACUCGCAACCGCCAAAUCCGUUCGCCGGACUGUUCGGCGGCCCACAGGGAGGCGCUGCGAACCCCUUUGGGAUGACGCCCGAGAUGAUGCAGAACUUUGCGCAAAUGAUGAGAGGUGCACCUCAGGGAGGUGCUACGAACCCCUUUGGGAUGACGCCCGAGAUGAUGCAGAACGUGGUGCAGAACCUCAUGGGCGGUGCGGCUGAGCCUGCCGCCCCAGCCGACACACGACCACCUGAGGAGCGCUACGCUGAGCAGCUCAGCCAGUUGAACGAGAUGGGGUUCUACGAUUUUGACCAGAACGUGGCAGCGCUGCGCCGCAGCGGUGGUAAUGUGCAAGGCGCGGUCAACUUCCUGCUAGGGGGGUAAACAUUGACCACUGGAUGAGCUUGAUCCGGACAGCUCUUGGUUGUGGGUGCGUCUCUGCGAAGCAUUGUGCUGGAUGUGGCGAGGAUGGGAGUUCAGGAGUCUUAUGUUGCGGGUAGUCGAGCAAUACGUUAUCAGGACAUGGGGCCUAGGAACUGAUAAGGAACCCAGGCCCCGAUCCUCCAAGCCCCGCGAACGGCACUGUCCUUGGUGUCUUGCAACAUUGUAUAAUGCCAAAAUGCCAAUGUGGGAUGCCAGAGUGCGGGGCACCAAGGCCGUAGAUCUAGCUUCCCGAUGUCGAGAGUGCUACAGCGGGAACUGCGACGUCGACGAAGGUGAACGUAGGUGAGUGGAGGUUCAGGGUCUAACCCUACAC